GUCUCGAAGUUAGUAGCAGCAAAUUCUGGCAAGCAAGCAGCAGCGCAGAAUUAGAAGGCAGACUCCGAGUGAGAGUGAGAGAGAGAGAGAGAGAGAGAGAGAGAGUGAGAGAGAAGUGAAAGAUGGUAAGAGGAGAAGCACUAAGCGCGUAUAGGGCUCUUCUAAGAGCCACCCGCAAAUCAUUUGCCGGCGACACCUUGAUGUUGAACGCCUCUGCCGUUGAGGUGCGUCAGAAAUUCGAAGCCAAUCGUCAUGUCACCUCGGAGCCUGAGAUCCAGAAACUCCUCGAGGAAGCACGUGAGGCCUCCCAUUUCAUUUCCACCAUGAUCGUUCAAGCCAAGCUCAACGAACGCGGCGGCUACGAGGUGAAGCCAAGUAAGGAGCAUGCAGGAGCUACAUUGGAGAUUCCUUCCGAAGAGAUCAUCAGAAAAUCUGCAUCACAGUCUAAACAAUGAACUUGGGCUUUUAUCAGAUGCACUACUGCUCUAUUUGUUUGCUAUUUUUGCUGUCUGCUAGUGGAAACAUUUGACCCUUGAGCUUCUGUUGCAAAACUUGGUAGAGAUCUAUCCAAAGCAAAAACCAUUUUAAUGGGUUACUCUAAAAUUUUAUUCAAUGUGAAACAAUUAUGUGGCAAAUUUUGCCUUGGUUUAUGAGAGGUUCGUCUUAUUAAUAA